UUCCGGUCUCACACAAGUUACUCGAAUGCACUGCGUGUACAUAACGGUCUACAUUUCCUCCAAUUAUCAGAGUUGACAUUCUGAUACAUACUUCCACUUCUCGGCGGUGAAAUUAAAGCCGCAGAAACGGAACCAUUUUGCGGUGAGGUGGAAGGAUGUGGGACGUUGUGAUUGUCGGCGCUGGACUGUCUGGGUUAAGCGCAGCCCAACAGUUGCAGAAGAGAGACGCACAGUUGAAGAUUUUAGUUUUGGAUGGAAAAGAUCGCGUGGGCGGUCGGACCCUGACCUCAAAGGUGCCCGCCGCAGGGGGGGAGGACCAAUGGGAUUUCGGGGGACAAUGGGUGGGCAGCACACAGACCCACGUGAUGGACCUCAUCCGGGAGCUUGGCCUGGAGAUUUACCCACAAUACACAGCAGGAAAGAAGGUGCAGCACAUGGGUGGGCCGGGGGCAAAGGUCCGCACCUACACCACCAGCAUCCCAUCCUGCUCCCCACUGGUCCUGCUGGAUAUGACCCUCUUUCUUUGGAAGAUUGACAGGCUGUGUAAGGCGGUAUCGGUGGACGACCCCACCUCCAUCCCCGACGCGCGGGAGUACGACGGAAUGACCCUGCAGUCCUACAUGGAGAGACACAUCUGGACCCACGAGCUGAAGCAGCAAAUGGGUCUGUGCAGCAGGACGCUGUUCGGCAUGGAGCCUUCCCAGCUGUCCUUUCUCUACUUCCUGAUGUUUGCUGCAGCCGCCGGGGGUAUCCUGCCCCUUCUGGAGGCCACGCCCGGCUCCGCCCAGGAGUUCAAAGUCAAGGGGGGCACCCAGCAGCUGUCUGAGAGAUUGGCAGAGCAGAUUGGGAGAGAGAAUAUUCUCCUGGGUUCUGCAGUGACAGCUAUUGAGCAGGGCGGUGACACAGCGCAGGUGAGGACGGGCUCCAGCACGUACACCUGCAGAGCCGUCAUCGUCACCUCCCCUCCACAUUUAGCAGCCAAGAUCCUCUACACCCCUGCACUGCCAACAGAGAGAGAGAAGCUCACACAGAGCAUGCCUGUGGGUCACAUGAUGAAGUUUAUCAUCACCUACCCCACUGCAUUCUGGCGUGAGAAGGGCUUCUCCGGGGAGAUCGUGGCCCAGCCCUCUGAGGAGUGUCCCUUCAGCGUCACCUUCGACGCCACCAGCCCCGCCGGAAACCCAGCGCUGGUGGGGUUCAUCGCGGGUGAGCAGGCCUUGGACUGGAGCACCAGAACGGAGGAGGAGAGGAGGGAUGCUGUCAUCUCCAGCCUACAGAGAUAUCUGGGACCCGAAGCCUUCACCUUCAUACACUAUGCAGAAAAGGACUGGGCGAGGGAGGACUUCAGUCAGGGGGGUCCGGUGAACAUCAUGGCACCAGGGAUGUUAACCUACUACCAUCGCAGCCUCCGCAGACCCUGUGGAAGGAUCUACUGGGCCGGCACAGAGACGGCCACCCGCUGGUGUGGCUACAUGAGUGGUGCCGUCCAGUCCGGUCAGCGGGCGGCUCUGGAGGUUCUGGCCCGGCUGUCACCCGACUCUCUAUCCCAGGAGGAGCUGGACAUCACAAGCGCUUCCCGGAACCGGCUCGGUCCAUGCAGAACCUGGGUUUCAAAAUCCGCGCUCCCCCUACUCCGCAUGUGUGUGCUGGUGACCACGGCUACACUGGCAGUCACUUUCCUAUUGGCUCAUCCCCGUGCAUCCCGACAUCUGAUUGGAUGGGGGCUUACAUUAUUGCAGAGGACUGGCCUGAGGCAAUAAACAAGCAAAAAGUCAGCCAAUGUCAAAUGUAGGUUGGCUGAACCCACUAGCUGUGCAUGUAAAAUCUUCAAGGUAUUAACACAUUGUGAAAUGUCUUUCCACAUCAGUUAGUGAGCUCUUGUUUAGAGAAAAUUGUUAUUGUGAACUGGGCGGAACGAGAUGGGCAAAUUACAUUACAAUGUUCUGCAUUGUUUGCGGGGCCGGAAAGGUCAGCGGUUGCACACUGUCACGUCUUCUACCUCGUGAUUAAGAGGUUUUUCAUACGCGCUCUGCCGUGCUCAAAGCUGCGCAAAGGGCACUGUUGUCUCGGAGAAAAAUCUUGUAAUUUAAUAGGAUAUGCUGCACAAUGCCUGCUUACAACUGAAUUCAGAGGCAACCAGUCAUUCUCAGGAACAAAAAAAUAAACAACAAUGCAAAUCUAAACUGCCAGGCAUAAUUGUGCAUAUCGGUGACCUCCUCCAUGGUGGUUUUGAUUCGAUCCAGUUCCAGUAAUAUAGAUAAGAUUCAUUGUAAUACAGUUCCUGGGUUAUCUAUGAGGGGUUUUGUCUUUGAGUAUCACUUUCCCUUUGCAUGCUUUGAUUGAAUCCAGGGGUAAGUGCUGACACUGUAAGUGGAAGUAACACUCCACACAGUCGCAGCAGACGAAGGAAGCAAGUACAUGACAAGCCUCCUCAAUCAAAGUGGAACUCGAAAAGAGGAACCAAAGGCCCGACACACCUCUCUGUCCUCCUCUGCACGGACCCCUCUUGAUUUACGGGUACCGCCUCUGCAGCCCGACAGGACAAACCAGCUGGCACUCAAAAAAGAGAGUGAGUUUUUGAGUUCAGAGACGCAACCCGGACGCUUCCUAUCCAUAAGACCUGGUGAACCGGUCCCCCUUUCCCCUCCC